CCCUUCGGCAUUUACAACCUAUAAAAAAGAAACCCUUGCAAAUCUUCAACGUUCACAAUAAAACAAACCAAACCUGCAAACAUCCUUGAAAGAUGGCCAAAUUCUCUUUCUUCUUUCUCCUUGCAUCGCUACUGGGUGCCGCCUUGGCCACCGUGCCAAACCCUGUCUAUCGAGCUGAUGCACGCAACCCCGACAAGAUCAAAGCUACUGGAGGCUUCAAGAGCUGGGGCAACAAUGAGGCGAUCACCCUCAUUGAGCACGUGUCGAAGGUCUACGCAAAGGGCCAUAGGCAGGGGCAGGACCCGUGGAUCUCCACCUCGGGCCUGACUUCAGUCGCUCAAUCGGGCGUGGUGGACAAGCCCUGCUGGGUUUACACCAUCGACACGAGCAGUAUCGCCUCAAGUUUCACCGAGGUCGCAGCAGCGUAUGCGGCGGCGGGACAGACGUAUACGCAUGCCAGCGAACAGGAAUGGGCAGCAAAGCUCGAGAUCCCUUUGGCAUCCAUCACCUCCUUCUACCAACUGAGGAAGGACGGGAAGAAAUCAGCGACCUACACUUGGGCAACCUGGGAGGCGGCCCAAAAGGCAGCGCAGGAGAAGAAAGGAUCGAGCUCGAAGAACCCAUCGAGAGACGAGACUCCCAUAGUGAAGAAAGCGGGUACUCCAGGUGCUGCCGCAUUCCGGGCAUAAGAUAAUUCGCUCAAAACUAGUUGGACCGAAUUUUCUUGUACGGGGAAGGGAAAGAGACUGUCCAGGGAUAAUCGUCUGGACCGGAUAUUCUUGUGCAGGGAAACACGGCCAAGUAGAGUCUUCAGACGUGUGGGAUCUUGGUAGGGGCGUAUGGCGUAUGGCGUAUGGUGGAUCGUUGUAUUUGUCGUUCGUUACUUGGCUUUCAGGGGGUAACAUAGAAACUGAGUAGCUCAAUCGAGUG